AUCAAUAAAUCAGCGGUCACACUGUACAGUACAUUUACAUUGCAAAAAAAGCCUAAAACAAAGUUUUAAACAAUUAAAAUUAAGCAAUCUGAAGCACAUUAUUAAAGAACAGCCCUAGCGUUCGCCUAUUAAUUAAAGCAGAAGUGGUGGCCGUGUAAUAUUGUUGCGCAAAAGAGCCAAAAAGACGGUCGUUCAGCAGAGGGGCGAAGAGAGAAAAUGUCACGCAAAGCAGCAGCAGCAGAAGCAGAAAAAGAGUGAAGAAAUUACAUUUCUCGUCAAAAGCGCGCACUGAAAACAGGACAUUAAGAGACAUUUUAGAAAUAAAAAUGGGUCUAUAAUAAAAUGAUCCACAAACAAUUGUAAUUCACAGGGGCAGACACCUGCAAGCGCAAUGAGAGCAACGCUGAUCCUUUCCAGGCCAUCGAUCGAACUCAGUCCUCUAUCCUGGCUUGAAUGUCGUCGGUAAUUGGACUCGGGAUCCACAGUUGGGACUCUUCUUGCAAUCCGCAUCCGCUGGCACAAUGCAAAGCCUGGACUCAUCGUGCCAAGAAGCCGACUUUAUUAUAAAUGACACGCUGAAGAAGUUGAAGGGAUCUAACAACUCUGACCAUGCCCCGGGACUAGCUCAUGCCGUGGUCCACGGCACGGGCGUUCUCCAGCAGCAGUUUGUCCAGUACCAGCCAGCUUCCUCCCCCAGUCACCAGCUGCAGUCGCAGCAAACGCAGUCCUACCAUCACCUCCACACGGCGCUCCAGCAACAGCAGCAGUCGUCCCCAGCCGUCACUGUUGGCUUCCCGACGAGCAGUAAAUCGUAUCUGGAGACCAGCCUGUUGCAAGCCAUACCACAGAUUCCUGCCCAACCGCCCAUCUGCAUCUUCGAUGACGAUGAUUCGCCUCCCGAUGGUGGAGGGGCCCCUAUUGGGGGCUCCCUGGGCAUACUCACUGAGCCGACAUCGGCCACGCCCACCGGCCUGCCCACAGCGAUUGCCCCAUCGCCGUCAUCAUGCUCAUCCUCGACAACGACGCUGUCGAAUUUCAACUCAAUCACAUCGCCCUCGCCCGUAGUUCCUGACUUGUUGUUGUCCACGCCGCCAGGCGUCAACUCUAGCCUAAGCAAUAACUCGACUGCCGCAGCUGCAACGACGACGGCCAGCAAGAAACCGGAGAAGCGGCCCGCCUCUGCCAAUGCAAGCUCCUCCUCUGGGGGCCAUCACCUGCACCACCAUCACCUACACCAUCAGUCACACAAUCACCAUGGGGGUGUACAUGGCGCCUCGCCCUCGUCGUCGCCCAGCAAGAGGCAAAAGUCCAACAGCAACAGCACCAGCAAGGAGUGCAGCUCCACUAGUCGCAGCUCAGCUUUAUCCUCAGCCCCAUCCUCCUCGUCGUCGUCGUCAACAGCGCGCGCUGGCGCCGGCGCUGCCUCCAACAACAACAAUAGCACCUCGUCCUCGUCGAAGGGCACUUCGGUGUGCCCACCGGGCAGCACGAAGUUCUUCAAUCUCCACGAGAAAAUCAAGGAUCUGUACAUGCAGCUGCUAAGCAACGACAUUAACUACUUUGCCGAGACAGGGCUUAAGCAGCGCACGCGAUCGUUCACACUGGAGCGGCUGGUGGAGCGGGAGAAACUCAACACGAUCGUGGUGAACCUCUAUCCUGGCAACAAGGGAUACUCGCUGGCCCUGCACUACGAUGAGCAUGUGAUGCUGAAUCCGCAAACGAACGAGUGGUCCGUCAGCGACAGGGAUGAGGCGGCCAGCGAAGGAGCAGGAUCAGGAGGUCAUAGGAGUCGCACCAAGUCGUCGGCAAUGGAUGACAGCCAAGCAAAGGCGGAGUCGAGCACGGCCAAGCACGAGUAUGGUCUGGUUGAGGUGCUUCGAUGGCCGUACGAGAACGAUUUGCUGCUGCAGUGCAUUGACCGCGAGAUCCUGCCAGAGUUUCUAAUGGAUCUGCUCUGUGCGGAGACAGUUAGCCUGUCGGAUGGGGGAGAUGGAACACGGAUCUAUGCCAAGCCGAGUGUUUUCUACGCGGGCUGCCUCAUUGCCCAGAUCCGCGACUUCCGCCAGACGUUUGCCACCUCAACGAAUAUCUGUGAUAUGAAGCACAUCCUGCUCAGGCCCACAAACGCCACGCUCUUCGCGGAAGUGCAGCAAAUAGGCAGCCAGCUGCAGGCGGAGGAUAAGCUUGCCCUGGAGAGCCAGUUGGUGUUGGCCACGGCGGAGCCGUUGUGCCUGGAACCGGAUCCAAGCAUAGGACGGCAGGCCAUCAAUGCUCAGCACCAGCGCCAGCUCUUUAACUCGCACGAGCUGCGCCGCCAGAUGAAGAAGUUCACCCAGACUGCCAUCAAUCGUAAGCGCAAGCUGGACCAGUUCACCCACCACCAUGGCCUGGAACUGUGCGACUAUCUGUCCCGACUGCGUCAGAGGCCUCGUACGGGGAGCAGUAGCUCUGGCAGCAACCCCACUCCGGCCACCGCUCCCACCAACAAUCCUCUGGUGGGCGCCAUGCUCUCCUCCUUUACCUCAAAGGUGCCCAGGCGGCCUCACGAAGUUAUUCGGCCUAUUCGUCCCCCGUGCCUGGAAUACCCCGCCAAUCUCAAGGUGCCCGAGCAUGUCAUCAGCGUGGAAAAGUAUGCAAAGACAUUCGAGCCCCUCAAUGAAUUCAGCGAGGCAUGCAAGGAUGGCUGCCAGCCCAAUUGUCGCCACAACUUUCAGCCCCAACUGAUCGAGGAGUACGUGCUGGAGACUGAGCGGGAGGCCAACGAGGGACGGCGGGCGCUGUACCACAUCAAACUGUCCAUCUACCAGCGUCCCUCCGAUGCAGAAUACCUCGGCGAACUGUAUGUGGAUAGGGACUUUCGCGAGGGGGAACGCAAUGGCGAGUCCUGCCGUUUUGCCCUGGGCACUCGUGUGCAUGCCAAUCGAUACAUUCAGCAAUUUCGCGAGAUCUUCACGGAGGAGGGGCGCAAGGCGGUCAAGAUAACGCAUUUGAUACCGGGACAUGUGCCAAUUGUCACCCACACGGGGCUGACCAACGAGCAGCGGCUUCUUCUGCAGCAGCAGCAGCAACAACAGCAGCAGCAGAGGCAAGCGCAUUUGCAGCAGCAGCAACAACAACAACAGCAGCAGCAGCAACAACAUGUGGUCGUAGUCGGCAACACACAGCAGCAACAACAACAACCACCACAACAGCAGCAUCAGCAACAACAACAGCCACAACAAUUAUCUGCCACUGUGCACCAUGUGCCCCUGCCGCGCCAACAAAUCACCCAAAAGACUCUCAAUCUACAAAGCGGCAAUGUAAUCAACGUGCAGCAAAACAUACGGCCUCAGCUGCAGCAACAGCAACAACAACAACAGCAACAGCAACAGCCGCAAACGUACACCGUUGAAGGAGCGCAGCAGCAACAGGCGACCGCACAACAGAUUGUUCCGCAACAGCAGCAGCAGCAGCACAUACAGCUGCAGCAGUUGGCCACCGGAAGCAGCAACUCUGCCACAACCACCCACCAAGUGAGCCUGAGCAAUGGAUCCCUAGUCCUGGUACAACAGCAGCCCCAGCAGCCGCAGCAACAACAACAGCAGCAGCAGCUGACGCAAGCCCUACAACACUCAGGCAUAACUAUUCAGCCAGCCAGCAUUCAACAGCAGCAGCAGGUGAAGGGGCCAUCGGUCAUUGGUGCCAACUCUGCUCUGCGUGCCCAGCUGAACUCCAAUGUGCCAAUUUUGCAAUCGCAGCUGAAGGCUCAGCAGCAGCAGCAACUAAUGCAAAAGCAGCAGCAACAGCAACAACAGACAACUGCCUCCAGUAAUAACAACAACAAUAACAACAACAACAGUAACAACAAUAUGAACAAUACGGCCAUACAUCCGAAUCCUGCAAUCAAUGCCAUAAUGAACAGCAUCAUGAACUCCGCCAAUCAGUACCAACAGCAACAGCAGCAGCAACAACAGCAGCAGCAGCACGGCGGGACUACGACAAACAGCAAUCACAUUGCACCAUCCGGCAGCAGCGGCGGCAACAAUAACAACGGCAGCAAUGCCGCCACGCUAAAGAACUCCAGCAACGCCUCAAUUCUGAACCUGCUCAACAGUGCCCCAGCUGCCAUGACGAGCACACCAGUGGCCAGUGGAACCUUUACCACCUCCACCGGGCAGCAGCAGCAGCCACAGACACUGACACUCGUGCAACACCAGCAGCAGCAGCAGUCAGCUCCGAGUACCUCUGAUGUAGGCACAGCCACCUAUGUGCAGACAACCCGCGGCACGCCCACGCUGCUGACGGCCCAGCGGAAGCAGCAGUCCAGUGAGGUUCUGCAGAAUCUGCUGAAUGCCAACCGAAAGAUCGUGGGAAGCGGCGGCACCACCACCACCACCACAUUUCGGACCAACUCUGCAGGCAAUCUUAUAGCCGUCAACCUCAAUCCGGCCACUCAGGCGCAGCACCAGCAGACGGUAGAUGGUGGCGGCCAGACGGUGCGAGUAUCCAUGUCGGCGCUGGCUUCGCAGCUGGCCUCUCCGCCAGCCGUAAUGACCAAUCCCACCACAAGCUACACGGUGAUCUCGUCGGGCAACAGCGCUGCGGCGGCUACGGCCUGGAUUCAGAGUCCUACGGGGCCAGUGCAGCAGCGUAUUCUGAGCACUCUGAGAAGGGACAGCACCACAGCGCCUCCCAAUGCUAUUGUGGUGGGGAUGGCCGCCCCCUCGCCAGGCAGUGAUUCCAAUGCCUCGAAUGCCAGCGGGUUCGCAGUGCCCAACAACCUGGCGUCGAGCAGCAGUGGUGGCGGCGGCGGGGUGGGAACCCUUUCCGCCCUGCUGACUAACGCGGCCACUCCCUCACCCUCGGGGUCGGAUCACUCGCAGUCCUCACAGUCACAUCAGAACCAGGCGCUGCUGGAGCGUCUCAGUAAUGUUACCUCCAACGUAUCCGCCGUGGCCAUGCCACAUAUGUCGCCGCAGCAACCUACGGCGACGCAGCAGUUCAUUACCAAAACCAUCGUCCACUCUCCCGCCACAUCGUCCAUACAUUCGCCCAUGUCUAGUCCGCAUCCGCAGCCCUCAGCCUCACCCCAGCAGCACCACCAGCAGCAGCACCACCAGCAGCAGCACCACCAGCAGCAGCACCAGCAGACGCAGCAGCAACCAACCACCGCCACACUUAACCUGCAGGGCAUUAAUCUGUCACAGCUGCAGGGUGCCAUGGCCAACUUUGCCGGCCUUCAGAAUGUUCAAGUGCAGAUUCCCGGCUUCACUCAGCCUAUCUCGCUGCAGUUCUCAGGCAACAGUUUGCAGCAACAGCAGCAACAGACGGGAAACUCGGCGACGGGUGCGGGCACAACGCAGGGACAGCAGAGGAGUGUUCUGGUGUCGGUUCCCGUCUCGAGCCAGCAGCACCAGCAACUGCCACACACCAUCACGCUGCAGACGCAGUCACACCAGCAGCAGCAGCAUCAGCAAGCUCCGCCAACGGGUACGAUAGUCAGUCUGCCCUCGACAGUGGGCGGCACACAGACGGUGGUCAUCACGAACAACGCAGGUGGCGGUGGAGGUAGCGGCAGUGGAAAUGGAGGUGGCGGCGGCGGUGGAGGAGGAGGAGGAUCAACAACGGCCAUGCUAACCUUACCCAUUGCUCAAAUAGUCGGUGCCGGUGUACAGAAACUAAAUCCUCAAACAAUACGUACCUCAAGUGUUGGUGGUGGUGUAGGUGUUGCCCAGCAGUCGAUCCAGCAGCAACAGCAGUCGGGCAACAGCAACACAGCGGCUAUCCAGCUGGUGGGCACCAUCCAGCCGCGGGCCCGCAACGUCCAGGUGGUAGGAGCCAAGCAAUUAACGACCAGCAGGCAGCUUAUCACCACCCAACGUCAGAUAGGCGGCUCAACGCUCAAGAUUGCCACUACUCCGAUGAAUGCUGCUAAUGUCGUCUCCAGUAGUGCCGGUCCCAUUGUGAUGUCUGGACAAAAGCUGCAGCUAAAGACUGUUAAGGCGCCCAUGCAGCAGCAGCAGCAACAGCAGCAGCAACAACAGCAGCAGCAGCAACUGCAGCUGCAGCAGCAACACCGAAUACUCAACCAGCAGAGCACCGCCACAGUCUCGUCCCAGACACUUCCCAGUCCCGGCCAGGUGCAGGUGCCGCAGCAACAGCAGAUGCAACACAUCCAAAUCGCUGGACGAGCCACCACCGCCACGGGAGGCAUUAGCCAGCGAACACUCACGGCUCUGGCGGCGGCCAAGCAGCAACAGCAGCAGCAGCAACAACAGGCGGCAGUCAAUCGACGGCGCUCCACCACCGACGCGACAAAAUAAAGGCUAAAGGCGAUAAAGAAUAUGGCACAAUAUUAGAUUUGUGUAAGGAAAAGGACUGUAAGGAAUGAGAGGACUGAGAGAUGAAAGAUGAGAGCGAAAAAGUAAUAAGGCUACGCGUUGUGUAUUUGCAUGAUAUUAUAGCUUAUGGUUACCUCCUAACUAUCACCACUAUCGUACAUUGUAUACCCAUAUAUCUAUAUAUGUUUUGAUGUGUAAUCGUAAGUGUGAAAAAUGUAUGUGCAUGUACAUGGGCAAUAGCAUGGCAGCUCAUAAUAUGUGCAACCUAGUUAGGAGCUGGAGCUAGCGGCAACUGGAACUGAAUUUGGUUGGGCUCUCCAGCACUGCCGACUGCGCUUGUGUUAAAUGUGUCCCCUUGGCAUAAACGAAUUAGGUGUAAAGCUCUUAAUAAUAUUUAUCUAGUUGUAUAUACACAUUAUAUAUAUAUAUUAUAAAUACGAGUAUGUAAAGAUUGUUUAAAAUUUUCCCGCGCAUCCAACCGCCAUUCGAACCAUUUUCCCUUAGGCCCUCCCAGCUCUAAUUCGUUAAGUCCCUAAGACUAGCUCCUUAAGCGUGCUAUUUUGAAAUUGUAAAGCAGGGGUGGAUCACUGAAAACAAAAGAAAGCAAUAAGUUGAGAAGUGAGGAUGGAGACAGAGAGCAAACAAAAAACGUAAUAUAAUUGUAAAGAAAUUCUAAUUAUUACUUUUACUAUUAUGUUAGCUAUAGAAUAUGAAAUAUGAACUGGUGUAGGGGUUCAUAAGAUUAAUAAUUAUACAUAUACAAUUGUACUAUUACCAUUAUUAUUGCUAAUUAUUUAAUCGAUUGCUUAGCUUAAGUUCGCUAAACAAAAACACAUUUUAGUUUGUAUUGAACAAGUCGUAGCCUCAACCAAUUUAGUACUUCCAAUUGCAGAAACAUUAAAACGAAACGAAAAAAAAAUAUAUUUGCAAAAAGUCAUCACUUAUUUAAACAAUUUAUUUGUAAUAGCGCAAUGUACAACGAGACUAGAAAGGGAAGAGUUACAGAUCGAACGAGUGAUGAGUAACGUGUAAAAAGUAACGCUUACACUAAACCAAUUUGUUUUUUCAACUACGCCAGUUUCUGUAGAUUGAAAUUAUUUAUUUAAGCAACGAUUUUAAUUAUGUUACAUCUGUGCUGUACUUGUUUAGCAUUGUUUGCUUCUUCUGCUUUACAACCCAAAAAUCAAACUUCUUGAUAGUGCGAAAACGAACACAACACAAAACAUUAACCUAAUCCCAUUUAUUGCAGCCCACACCCAUACCCAUACCCAUACCCGUAAACGUAAACGUAUCCGUACCCCAAAACUCAAGCAUAACUUACUCAAUGUUAAUAUUAAUUAAUAAAUGUGAUUUAAGAAGAAUAAAAACAAAAGAAAUCAUGGUACUACAUAAACCGAUUGAAUUAAUGAAUGACGACAGCAUAAUGAAUUCAUACGAAGUCAGUCAGAUUGGGAUAAUGUUACUCAAGCGAAGCAAAGCAAAGCAAGGCCACGCAAAGCAAAGCAGAUAACUGGCCAAAAACCUGAGUACGAAAUCUAAAUACAUACAAGAUAAUGUACGUGUGGUCUGAUCAAAUGGUUAUUGAAACGUAAUUCAAAGAUUUAUUAAUAUAAUGCGGAGCAAUCUAAGCGACAGCAUAAGCUAUUUAUAUGUAUAUUUAAACAUGAAACCAACUAUUAAUAUAAAUGUGUAAUUUCAAUUCAAUAACUGCUUAUCAAAAUACCUGACUGUAGAAAAUUUUCAUUAAACUGAAUAAUUACGAAGAAAACUCUCGAAAACUACUAAC